AUAGGUGUAAUGUACCGCUUUUUACAGAUAGACUGAACAUAAACACAAUCAUCCGCUGCGCACGUGAUUGUAUAAAACGGAGAGACAGGCGCUGAUAACGUGUAGGGGACGAAGAGAAAAGAUUGUUCUCCGACUUUAAAUAUAUUAUUGUAUCGAUUCUCGGUCUCUACAGUCAGUCUUGAAAUCAGUCUCGAAGAAGAGUAAUUUCCAAAGUUUAAAAAUUCCUUUUACAAGUAAAGUAAAAAAUUAAGUGGACAAAGUCGUGAAAUAGUUAGCAACGUAUUGAAGUUUAUGCAAGCAGAAUCAGUGGCUGCUGGCAAUGGUGAAGAAGUUAUUCCUCUUGCAAAGGUUCAGGAACGUGUUGCGGCAGCUACAGGUGUUUCUAUAACGAAUAUACGAAGAAUCAAGAACGAAGCAAAACUAGUUGACACGGGCCGUACGACAACAUUUUUAACCCCCAAUAAAAAGCGACCUGAUCGAAUACUUGAAACACAUCUGGACGAAGCGGACUUGGGAGUUUUAAGGAGAACCAUUAUCAACCACCAUGUUACCGAAAGGGAGGUUCCUACUUUAAAGAUAGUCCAUAAAAAGUUUGUAGAGGACACGGAGUACCAUAUAUAUGUAUAGAAAGUCUAAGAAAAGAAAUACAUAAAAUUGGAUGUCGAUGAAGGAAAUUAAAAAACAACCGGAAAAUUCUAAUGGAACAACAGCCCAUUAGAAUGCUGCGGAUUGAGUUUCUUAGAAGGAUGCGCCAAUAUAGAGGAGAAAAUCGACCUAUAAUAUAUAUGGAUGAAACAUAUAUCCAUUCGACUCAUACUUAUACAAAGCGAUGGAGUGAUGAAUCCCUGGCAGGACUUCAAAAACCAAUAAGCAAGGGGCCGCGCCUUAUUAUAGUGCAUGCGAGUGGCGAAAAUGGAUUUGUCCCCAAUGCAAUGCCAGGCAUUUUCCGGGAUAAAAAAUGUCCGACCCCUCAAAAUAUAUUGUAAUUAGUCAUUUCACAUACCCAGAGACCCAACUAAUAAUCCUGUCUAGGUUUCAUGUGGUUAUACCUAAAAAAAAAUUUUCGAGAAGAAAGAAUUUUUUCCGAAAAAAUAAAAAACGAAAAGAUUUUUUCGUUUUUUAUUCCGCUAUCUACUCCACUUGACACCAUCUACGCACGGACUAAGAUUUUAAUA